AACCUAAAAUCCAAAAUGACAAUCGAGAGGCCUCUUCAAUAUCUGCAAAAAAUCACGGAUUAAAAGUCGGAGAAGUUGGCUGGUCUGUCACACUCUGCUUAUGUUUCCCUCUGAGAGAAACUAUAAUGGAAUCAACGAGAUGUUUUAAGAUGAAGAACGAUAACGAAAUAUAUUUAUGUUUCUUUUAAAGAAAGAUAUAAUGAUAAUAAACGCUUUUGAGAUCGACGAGUGUACUUCGAUAGAUCUUCCAAUGUUUAUGUCAGUAACAAUUUUAAGAAAAUGAAUAACAUUUGGUCAGGAUGUUUAGUUUUAACAAUCUUGUUUUGUUUUGAAGUAAAUGUGAUUGAAAGUUUUAAUUUAACUCUCUUGCAUACAAAUGAUGUCCAUUCACACUUUAUUGAAUUCAAUGUUUUUGGCGGCAGAUGCUCUCCCAAAAUGAGAGAUGAGAAAAAUUGUUACGGUGGUUUUCCGAGACAAGUGACUAAGGCUAAAGAAAUCAGAUCAAUGGAUGAGAAUGUAUUAUACCUAAAUGGUGGUGAUUUCUAUCAAGGUACUGUCUGGUAUACCCUUCACAGAUGGCAAAUAGUUGCCGAUCUAGUCAAUAUGCUAGGUAUAGAUGCUAUGUCUCUCGGCAAUCAUGAGUUUGACGAUGGUCUUAAAGGUCUUUUUCCUUACCUUCAAAAUCUAAAACCAAAAGUAACUGUAUGCAAUAUAAACGCAUCUAAAGUUCCAGAAUUUGAAGAAUUAGUUACACCUUCAACAAUAAUUGAAGUAGGAGGAGAAAAAAUUGGAAUUAUAGGAUAUCUAACUCCAGAAACAAAAUUUCUAUCGUCAACAGGUGAUUUAGAAUUCGAAGAUGAGGUUGAAUGCAUUAAGAGAGAAGUCAGAAGAUUAGUCGACGAGGAAGGGUUGAAUAAAAUAAUCGCUGUCGGACAUUCCGGAUUCGUUAUUGAUCAAAAUAUUGCCAGAGAAGUGCCAGAGAUCGACAUUGUUGUUGGAGGACAUACAAACACUUUUCUUUACACAGGUGUACCGCCAUCUGUUGAAGAAGUGCAGGGCACGUAUCCAGUAGUCAUAGAACGAGAAGAUGGAUCAAAAUCUUUAGUUGUUCAAGACUUUGCAUUUGGAAAGUAUUUAGGAUAUUUGAAAGUAAUAUUUGAUGAUGGUGGUGAAAUUAUUUCCUGGGAAGGAAAUCCAAUUCUGUUAGAUUCAUCAAUAGUGGAAGAUGAAGAAACAGUGGAAAUGUUAAAACCCUAUGGAGAUGAGGUGAAACGACGAGUGCGCCAGUCUGUGGGUCAAACUAAUGUCUUGCUAAAGGGUGAUCGAUUAGUGUGUCGCAUGAAAGAAUGCAAUUUGGGAAAUUUCUUGGCCGAUGCGUCUCUCAGCUACUUCAUUGAGCAACCCACAGAAAAAGGAUGGAACUUUGUAAGCAUCGCUUUGUGGAAUUCUGGAGGAAUUCGGUCGUCUAUAGAUGAAAGACUUAACGAAGGUAACAUCACAUUCGAAGAUAUUUUGUCUGUUGCUCCUUUUGGUAACACCAUGGACGUGGUACAGUUAAAAGGAAAACACCUAAAGCUCGUUUUGGAACAUUCUGUGAAAGAUUACGAUUUAGAUGCUUUUGAUCCCCCUGGAAGUUUUUUACAAGUUUCAGGUCUCCGGUUAGUGUAUAACGUAUCACAACCAGCUGGUUCAAGACUUGUUGAGGCUUAUGCCCGUUGUGCAGAUUGUAGGAUUCCACAAUAUCUUCCAGUGGAAGACGAACAGCCUUAUUGGGUAGUUAUGAAUACCUAUCUUGUAAAGGGUGGAGAUGGGUUUGAUGCUGUUCCACAAAACGCUCUGGGCAACAGAAACACCGAUGAAUUAGACAUUGAUAUUAUAAUCAAAUAUGCUCAGAAAUUGUCUCCAGUCACGACAGGCUUAGAAGGAAGAAUUACAGUUAUCUCAGCAAGAGACAAUUUUCAAAUGCCAACCACCGAGCAGACAGUUUCGAGCGUCGAUGAAAUUACUACAGAAUCUUCAAUACCUGGAGACAUUGCUGAAGAAGUUACAAUGCAUUCGAUUCCAGACGGAUCGUUAUUAAUAAAUCCAUCCAUCGGCAAUAUGAUGGAUACAUUAGAAACAGGUUUAGAUAAAGAGCGCACUGGAAUUGAGACUCUUAGCAGUAAAUUAAACAAUUUAAGAGACAGUGUGCGGACAGUUGAUAUACCACGAGUAGGAAAGUAAUCCGAAUUUUGAACUUUUUAAGUCAAAGAUAUAUAAAUGAUAGCAUUCAUUUUCGAUACUCAAAGUAAUUUGACAUGACAGAUUAUUUAGUUAAUUCUGUAACGGGCCGUUUAUAUCUAGCAAUAAUAUAUUAAUAUAAAUUUUGGAUUGAGCUUGAGUUAAGGAAGUUCAUUUGGCUUGUUACAUCAAAUUUGAUAUUUAUCACGAAUUUUUUGGGUGAUAUGUUUACUAUCACUCAUUAGAGGCUAUUAAAAAGUAGGUAAUGAUUUAUAAUGAUUUAUAUUUCUUUUUAAAAAUAAAAUUAACUUCUGAGAAAUUUUUCAAAACAUAGAGAAAUGCACAAGAAGAUAUCAAAAAGAAGUGUACAUGUCUCUUUAAUAUAUCUUAGUAGAAUACAAAUAGCAGCUACUAUAAAUAUUCCUUAAAAUUGGCAUAUGGUUACCAAAUUUGUUCCAGCUGUUCUCCGUCAGAGAUGAAGUUAUCAGCGUCUAGCAGCACAAAUUGAAAGUGGUAAAAUAGCUUACAAUGGAUAUAUUUAGAAAUUGCUGUAAUUGGUGGUAAGUAUACUUACCAUGGCCGUAGAAAGAGCAAAUCGAAACUGAGCUGUUGUUUUAAAUCAUUAUUUGAUAUCACAAGGCAUAUAUGCCAUUCUUCCUAUAAACAUUCUUUCAAAAUAUUAAGCCCUGCAACGAUUUUUACGUUUUGUUUGUUUCAAAAUAUAUUUGCCAGCAUUUAAAUAGCUGGUUAUUUAAUUUGAUUAACGCUAUAAAAAUUGCACUCUUUUGAAAUUGUCCAAUUUUAAAUUUCGACUCUCUGCAAAACACCCCAAUCUAAUAUGCAUACCUACUAUUUAUAAUGCACAUACAUCUGUAAUAGUAAAAAUGCUGACUUUUCAGAAGCUUUAAAAGUUAUGACUUUCUUUUCUAAAAGUGAUAGUUUUUAAGUUGAGGUUUUCUCACUACAUUAACCUUUUAUUGUAACAAAUAUCUUUUACACUUUUCAGUUGAUGUAUCAUAUUUUCAUGCUUCAUUAUUGCUUUGCUAGCAACAAUAGUAUUCUUCAUUAUUGCUUUUUUUUUACAA